AUGAAGUUGACAAUCGCAGCCCUGUGCCUCGACGUGAACCCAGACCGCAUGCGUCAAGAGCCGGACACCGUGUGUCCCCCAGAGACCGACCAUGGGAAGAUGCCCAAUAUGAAGUGGUCCUUCACAGACUCACACGUACGUCUCGAAGAGGGAGGUUGGGCUAGAGAGACUACCAUCCGCGAACUGCCAACGUCCAAGGAACUAGCAGGUGUAAACAUGCGUCUCGGCCCUGGCGUUUACCGCGAAUUACACUGGCAUAACGAGUCAGAAUGGGCUUACAUCAUCAAAGGUCAAUGCCGCAUCAGCGUCCUGGACCUUGAAGGUGGCUCUUACAUUGAUGACCUCGAAGAAGGAGAUCUUUGGUACUUCCCCACUGGCUUCCCUCACGGCAUCCAGGGCACUGGCAAAGAAGGCGUGGAGUUUCUUCUGAUUUUCGACGACGGUAGCUUCUCCGAGGACAGCACCUUCCUGCUCACGGACUACAUUGGCCGCACUCCUAAGUCUAUUCUUGCAAAGAACUUUCGUGUCGAUGAAGCAAUUUUUGAUUCUCUAUCAGAAAACGAAAAGUAUAUCUUCCAAGGCAGCAUCCCUGGCUCUCUAUCUUCGGACCGCAAAAGCGUCGGCACACCAUCAAAACAUCGCUUCACCCAUCGCAUGCUUGCCCAAACACCGAAAAAGUUCCCAGGCGGCGAAGUGCGUAUCACAGAUACCUCCAACUUCCCCAUCUCCAAGACCACCGCCGCAGCACACGUAAUCAUCAACCCCGGUUGUCUGCGAGAAAUGCACUGGCACCCCAACGCAGACGAAUGGUCCUUUUUCCUGCGCGGUCGUGCACGCGUCACCAUUUUCGCAGCGUCAGGAAACGCAAGGACAUUCAACUACCAAGCUGGAGAUGUAGGCAUCGUGCCCAAGAACAACGCCCACUAUGUCGAAAACAUUGGCACCGAGCCAGUGGAAAUGCUGGAAAUGUUCAGAGCGAGCAAAUUCGAGGAUUUCAGCACUGAGCAGUGGUUGGCGCAGACGCCUGCUACCACGGUAGCUGAGCAUUUAAAUCUCGUGGGUGGAAACAGGGAGAAGUUUUUGAAAAGCUUGAGUAGGGAUAAGACUGCUGUCAAGGCGCCAGUCAGAAAGACGAGGUCGAUGAGUGAUAUGCAUAAGGUGUUGGAGGAGAUGUUGUGA